AUGCUAAUUGAUCCCAAAACCUUUGAACGAUUCAACAUGAUCCUGACCGGGGUGGUAGUGCCGCGGCCGAUCGCGUUCGUGUCGACCAUCUCCACCGACGGCGUGGUGAACCUGGCGCCAUUCAGCUUCUUCAAUGCGAUGGCCUACAACCCGCCCACGCUGAUUUUUUCCUCGUCGCGGCGCGCGCCCGGCUGGCAGGACAAACGCAAGGACACACUGACCAACAUUGAGGAGACCGGGGAGUACGUCGUCAACAUCGUAGUCGACGACAUCGCGGCCGCGAUGAACGCCACCGCAGCCGAAUAUCCUUCGGAUGUUUCCGAGUUUGACAUCGCCGGCCUGACCGAAUCUCCCAGCGAGAUGGUGAAGGCGCCUCGCGUCGCGGAGUCUCCGGUGAACAUGGAGUGUCGCCUGGUACAGGUGGUGAACAUCGGUGAACAGCCUCACGCCCAUGGCAUAGUCAUCGGCGAAAUCGUCCGCAUGCACGUCAGCGACGAUGUGAUGUACGACGGCCCCAACGGCUUGAGGAUCAACCAUGCCGCGUUGAAACCCACGGGUCGCCUAGCCGGGAACAUGUACUGCCGAACCGACGACGUCUACGAACUGAUUCGCCCUUCAUACUCCGAGCAGGACGAGGGAGUAGGACGGGUCGCCGACUAA